GGCGUGUCAGCGGGCUGGUUCCUGGACCUCCCCGGGCCACUGGCCGGGGGUUCGGGUCCUGCGGGAGCCCCGCGGCGGAUGGAGGACGCUGCCAGAGAUCGAAACUGAUUCUGGGAACUUAGUCUUCAGGCAUGUUGCAACGUUUAUUUCUCUCCAGGGAUCACUCCUGGCUGUGCUGGAUCACCUCUGGGUUAGCUGCAACUGGUGCUUUCACCCUGGUGCCAUCUCUCCAUCCCCAAGAACUUUUACUCUUAUUUCUGGCCUGUUUGCGAUGGGCUCAGUUCGGGAUCGGAAGCUUGUGCCCAGCGGGUCUCUGACCCCAGUCGCUGAAGAAUCACUGUCUUCUUGGCGUCUGUGAGCCCCAGAUGGGGAAACUGAGGCCAGGUGUGGCUCAGUGAACUGGACUGAGCUGACCCAGGGUCCACCGGAGACCAGCUGGCAAGUUGACUCACUUCUUUGUGCCUGGUUAUUUCAGGGAGCCAGCUCAGUGCUCUGGAGCAUGCCUGUGUUUCCGUGGGUGGCCAACAGCAUGGGGCGCAAGUCCAAUGGGGUAGGCGUGCAGCCCAGGGCCAGCAGAGAGGGCCUGAAGGUGCUUCUACACUGGGCAGGCCCCAGUGGUGGGGACCCUUGGGUCACCUUCAAUAAUACCACCCUGACAGCCGAGGAAGUCUGCAUCCAUGUCGCCCAAAAACUUGGCAUCUCUCCUCCUUGCUUCAGUCUCUUCGCCCUCUUCGAUGCCCAGGACCAAGUCUGGCUGCCCCCGAAUCACACUUUGGAGGUGUCCCUGGGCACACCACGCAUACUGCACUUUCGCAUGAGGUUUUAUUUCCGGAACUGGCAUGGCCUGAACCCCCAAGAGCCCGCAGUGUUUCGCUGUGGGCCACGGGGGCCUGAGACACCCUCGGAACCGGCCCAGCAGGGUUUGCCACUCCUGGACUCCGAGUCCUUCCAGUACCUUUUUGAGCAGGGCAAGUACGAGUUUGUGAAUGACGUGGUGUCUCUGGAGACGCUGGGCACUGAGGAGGAGACCCACCACUUCAAGAACGAGAGCCUGGGCAUGGCCUCCUUGCACCUAUGCCACCUGGCACUCUGCCAGGGCGUCUCCCUGGAGGAGGUGGCCAGGAAGACCAGCUUCAAGGACUGCAUCCCACUCUCCUUCCGCCGCCAGAUCCGCGAGUACAACGCCCUGACACGCCUGCGCCUGCGAGUCACCUUCCAGCGCUUUCUGCGGACCUUCCAGCCUACGCGCCUCAGCCUGCAGCAGGUCAUGGUCAAGUACCUGGCCACGCUGGAACGCCUGGCACCCCGCUUCGGCAGCGAGCGCGUGUCCGUGUGCCACCUGCAGCUGCAGGCACACGCGCCUCCGGAACCUGGAGUUCAGUCGGACCCGGGACCCCCGACCCACGAAGUGCUGGUGUCGGGCACCCAGGGCCUGCAGUGGCGGCCCAUAGCCUCAGCAGUGGGUCCCAACAGCGGUGGCGAUGGCGAUGGCGCUGGCCAUGACAGGGAGGACAGAGCUGGAACUGGCCCAUCUGGGAAGAAAACCAGGACCCAUGGGGCGGGGAGUCAACCCGUGGACAGGCCCCGAGAAGCACCCUGGGUCUACUUCUGUGAUUUCCAAGAUGUCACCCAUGUGGUUCUGAAAGACCAGAAUGUCAGCAUCCACUGUCAGGACAAGUGCCUGGAACUCGUGCUCCCUUCCCGACCCGCAGCCUUAUCUUUUGUGGCAUUGGUGGACGGUUACUUCCGCCUCACAUCCGACUCCAGCCACUACCUGUGCCACGAGGUGGCCCCUCCACGGCUGGUGAUGAAUGUCCAGGAGGGGGUCCACGGUCCCCUGCUGGAUCCCUUUGUGUUGGCCAAGCUGCAGCGGGAAGAGGGACUUUAUCUCAUUCACUGGAGUUGUCACCACUUUCACCGCCUUAUUCUCACCGUGGCCCAGAGAGACCAGGCCACUGAGGGCAGCGCCAAGAGCUGGAGGCUGCGCAAAUUCCCCAUCGAACUGCAGCAAGGCGAGUUCGCCCUGGAGGGCUGGGGCCGGGCCUUCUCCAGCGUGCGGGACCUGCGGGACGCCCUGCAGGGCUGCUCUCUGCGGGCUGGCUCAGACAGCUUCUCCCUGCGUCGCUGUUGCCUGCCCCUGCCAGGAGAGAUCUCCAACCUCAUCGUGCAGCGAGGCUCCCGGGCCAACCCCCCACCCCUCAACCUCAGCCAGCUCAGCUUCCAUCGGAUCAGCCAGGAUGCCAUCACCCGGCUGUCCCACUUGGGCCAGGGCACCAGAACUAAUGUGUACGAGGGCCUCUUGCGCGUGGCGGGUGCAAAGCCAGAGGAGGAGGAGGAGGAGGAGGGCGAGGAAGAAGGUGGGAGCCGUGGGCAGGAGCUGCGAGUGGUACUUAAGGUGCUGGAUCCAGGACAUCAGAACAUCUCCCUGGCCUUCUACGAGACAGCCAGUCUUAUGAGCCAAGUGUCCCACAUGCACUUGGCCUUCCUGCACGGUGUCUGCGUUCACGGCUCCGAGAGCACCAUGGUGACCGAGUUUGUGGAACAUGGGCCCCUGGAUGUGUGGCUGCGGCGGGAGCGGGGCCAUGUGCCCAUGACCUGGAAGAUGACUGUGACCCAGCAGCUGGCGAGUGCUCUCAGCUACCUGGAAGACAAGAGGCUUGUCCACGGGAAUGUGUGUGGCAGGAACGUCCUGCUGGCACGGCCGGGGCUCACCGACAGCGGGUGCCCCUUCAUCAAGCUGAGUGACCCCGGUGUGGGUGUGGGUGCCCUUUCCCGAGAGGAACGGGUGGAGCGCAUCCCCUGGACCGCCCCUGAGUCUCUGUGUCUGUCUGGGGGUGCCGGCAGCCUCAGCACAGCGGCUGACAAGUGGGGCUUUGGGGCCACAGUCCUUGAGAUCUGCUUCGAUGGGGAGGUUCUCCUGCAGGGCCGCAGCCACGCUGAGAAAGAGCGCUUCUACCAGAAACAGCAUCAGCUUCCAGAGCCCUCCUGUCCAGAUCUGGCCUUGCUCAUCCGCCAGUGCCUUACCUAUGAGCCGGCCCAGCGGCCCUCCUUCCGCACCAUCCUUCGAGACCUUACACAGCUGCAGCCCCAAAAUCUCGACGUCAUGACCAUGAACCCAGACUCACCCGCUGCCGACCCCACCAUCUUCAACAAACGUUACUUGAAAAAGAUCCGGGAUCUGGGCGAGGGUCACUUUGGCAAGGUCACCCUCUACUGCUACGACCCGACCAACGAUGGCACUGGGGAGAUGGUGGCUGUGAAAGCUCUCAAGGCCGGCUGUGACCCGCAGCUCCGCACAGGCUGGCGGCGGGAGAUCGACAUCCUGCGAACACUGUACCACGAGCACAUCGUCAAGUACAAGGGAUGCUGCGAGGACCAAGGAGAAAAGUCGGUGCAGCUCGUCAUGGAAUAUGUGCCCCUGGGCAGCCUCCGGGACUACCUGCCACGACACAAUGUCGGGCUGGCCCAGUUGCUGCUCUUCGCCCAGCAAAUUUGCGAGGGCAUGGCCUACCUACACUCUCAGCACUACGUCCACCGGGACCUGGCCGCUCGCAAUGUCCUGCUCGACAACGACAGGCUGGUCAAGAUCGGGGACUUUGGCCUGGCCAAGGCUGUGCCCGAAGGCCACGAGUACUACUGCGUGCGCGAAGAUGGGGACAGCCCCGUGUUCUGGUACGCGCCCGAAUGCCUCAAGGAUUGUAAAUUCUUCUAUGCAUCCGAUGUCUGGUCUUUUGGGGUUACCUUGUAUGAGCUACUGACGCACUGUGCCUCCAGCCAGAGCCCCCCCUUGAAAUUUAUCGAGCUCAUUGGCGUCACCCAGGGCCAGAUGACUGUGCUCCGACUCACCAAGAUGCUGGAAAACGGCCAACGGCUACCCUGGCCAGAACAAUGUCCCUCUGAGAUCUACCAGCUCAUGAGGAACUGCUGGGAAUUGGACGCCUCCUGCCGCCCCUCGUUCCAGAACCUUGUUCCUGUCCUCAGGGCUUUCCAGGAGAAAUACCAAGGCCAGGCGCCCUCUGUGUUCAGCGGCUGCUGAGGUUCCCCAGCCACUUUGUAUAGGGAAGACUUGAGGAGUAAGCAGGUGGUACCCCAAGAGAGGAUCUCCUUCCACCUCGGUGGUACCCAGGGGCCAGGUUCCCAAAGCGAAGUGGCCUUUGAGGCCGGCCCCCAUUUCUCCUUGGGCAGUGACUCUUCCCAACUGUGCAGGAAGGGACUGGCACCUUCUUUC